ACUGUCACUGCACAGCUAUGUAGGGCGAUUUGAAUUGUACGCCCAGGAUGUUCAAAAACACUUCUAAAAGUUCCUAAUCUGACAGCUGCUGUGAAGUUACUGCUACGAAGGGGUAACAAACUACCCCCUAAAAUUACGCUGCACUUUUUUUCUCAGCACACCGGAGAGGAUUCAUAUUUGACAGACACACGGAACUGACGUUUCGCUUUCUUUUAUUCCACUCGGACGUAUUUAUAAUCCGCACAAAAGAAACGUCCCCUUGCCAAGUAUGUCUGAUACGCAGCUGUUACGAUGACCGGAGCAUAAAUAACCUCUUUUGUUGUAUUGCACAUUGUCAAUCGUAGUGGAAGUACGCAGGGUUUUGUAUCGGGGGUGUGAAUACUGUGAUUAUGGAGUCGGGACGGCGGAGAGGUAUGAGCAGUGUCAUGUCAUCUCUGUCUCUGCUCUGUGUGCUCCUAGACCUGCAGUUGGACGGUGUGUUAGGAGCCACACCUGUUGAGAUUGAGCAUCAUUUGGAAAUGGGUCGUAAGCUGCUGGCAGCGGGACAGCUUGCUGAAGCCCUGUCUCACUAUCACUCAGCUGUUGAGGGCGACUCAAAAAAUUACCUGACAUACUACAAACGUGCCGCUGUUUUCUUGGCAAUGGGCAAGUCCAAAUCAGCACUGCCAGACCUGACACAGGCAAUACAGCUCAAGCCAGACUUCCUAGCUGCCAGAUUGCAGAGGGGUAAUAUUCUGCUGAAGCAGGGAAGCACCCAAGAGGCUAGAGAAGACUUUCAAGCAGUACUUAAACGUUCCCCAGACAAUGAGGAAGCUCAUGAUCAACUUCACAAGAUCGAUGAGCUAGAAUUACUCCAGGAAGAGGCACAAGAAGCCCAUCACCGUGGCGACUAUGUCACUACUGUCCAGGUGCUGGAGAGGGUCAUAGAGGUCUCUCCUUGGGACCCGGAGUCUCGAGAGCUCAGGGCAGAGUGUUACAUCCGGCUCGGGGAGCCACGAAAGGCCAUUAUGGACUUAACUCCAGCAACACGUCUCCGUGCAGACAACCGAGCAGCUUACCUGAAACUUAGUCAGCUCCACUACAGUCUAGGCGAUCAUCAUGACUCUCUUAAUCAGGUCCGAGAGUGUCUUAAGCUGGAUCAGGAUGAUAAGGAGUGUUUUGCCCACUACAAACAAGUUAAGAAGCUUAGCAAGCAUCUGGACUCUGCAGAGGAACUGAUCUCAGAACAGAGGUAUCAGGAAGCCAUUGAAAAGUAUGAGUCAGUGAUGAGUACAGAGCCAAAAGUUCAGUUCUAUAGUAAUAAGGCAAGAGAGAGGAUCUGCUUCUGCUUAGUCAAAAUGAAGAGUGGUGAGGAGGCUGUAGAUAUAUGUUCAGAAGCUCACCAGAGAGAACCUCAGAAUAUCCACAUCCUCCGGGAUAGAGCGGAGGCCUACAUCCUACUGCAGGAAUAUGAGAAAGCUGUGGAGGACUAUCAGGAGGCUCGGGAGUUUGAUCAAGACAACCAGGAGCUUCGUGAAGGUCUUGAUCGAGCACAGAAGCUCCUCAAACUCUCUCGCAAGAGGGAUUAUUACAAGAUCCUGGGAGUGAGCAGGAGUGCCAACAAACAGGAAAUAAUAAAAGCUUAUAGAAAACUGGCUCAGCAGUGGCAUCCUGAUAAUUUCCAGUCUGAAGCAGAAAAGAAAGAAGCAGAGAAAAAGUUUAUUGAUAUCGCCUCGGCAAAGGAGGUGCUUACAGAUCCAGAAAUGCGUCAGAAGUUUGAUUCAGGAGAGGAUCCUUUAGACCCAGAGAAUCAGCAGGGUGGAGGAGGGGGAGGAGGCAGAGAAUGGCCCUUUGGCUUCAACCCCUUUGAGGGUGGAAACUACCACUUCAAGUUCCAUUACAACUGAUAAGAGAGUGACUGAUGCCGAUAAUAGACAAUGAUUCAGAUUAACUUGGACACCUGUUAUAUGAAGCAUAACUAGAGAAGGUGCUUGCUAUCCUAACUGGACUGUGGUGGAACCUGAGACUUGAAUCCACAGACUUCCUAUGGAGAAUUUACUUGAUUGGGCAAACUCCAUCUGUUUGGUGUUUGAUUUCCCCUUCUUAUAGACUUCAAAUUUGAGCUGAAGGUUUUAGCUCAAUAUUUGAUCUUUUUUGGAUGUAUGUGCCAUCUUUCUUAUUACUUCUCCUUCAUGCUGUGCAGAUUUUCUUUCUUUUUUCAUUUUCUGCUGCUUAUGUAUGAUUUCUCUAAAUGACAGUACAGAAUUUAGAGUUCUAGGUGUCCCUGACACCUUUAGGUCCUAUUUGAAUUUAAAGGGAUUGUUUUCCCAAAAAAUGCAAAUAUUGCAUUCAUUUGCUCACUCUCAUGGUGUUCUGAGUAACACAAAUGAAAAUGUUAGGCAUAUGUUAGUGACUGACAGUCACCAUUGAAUGGGCUAGACUUAUUGUGUUGAAUGAAAAUAAGAGCAGCGUCAACACUUAAAGUUGUUGGUGUUUUUUGAAAAAAAAGUCCUUUGAAACAGCAUGAGGGUGUUGAAGUAAAACAAACAAACAAAAAAACAGUUUAGGUGAAAUUGUCCUUUAAUGAUCUCCAGACUUACCUGGUUGGAAUAGUUAAAACAUUUUUGGCAAAGAAAAAUAUGUGACCCUGGACAACAAAACCAGUCUUUUGGGUCAAUUUUUCGAAAUUGAGAUUUUUACAUAAUCUGAAAGAUGAAUUAAUAAACUUUCUAUAGAUUUAUGAGUUGUUAGAAUAGGACAAUAUCUGGCUGAGAUAUAACCAUUUAAAACUCUGGAAUCUGAGAGCGCAAAAAAAUCAAAAUAUUGAGAAAAUUGCCUUUGAAAUUGUUAAUCAGGGGCACUGUGGCAGACUAUCCACUCACAAAAAUAAAGUUUUUAUAUAUUUAAGGUAGGAAAUUUACAAAAUAUCUUCAUGGAACAUGAUCUUUACUUAAUAUCCUAAUGAUUUUUGGCAUAAAAGAAAAAUCGAUAAUUUUGACCCACACAAUGUAUUUUUGACUUUUACUAAAAAUGUUCCCGUUCUACUUAAGACUGGUUUUGUGAUCCAGGGUCACAUAUAACCAUAAACUCCACACAAUUCCUCUGUAUUCUGAGAAUACUGAAGAGUCACUGCCUGACCCCUUUGAUUUAACACACAAUUAAAGUGUUAUACCAGAAUCUUAGAUUAUAGUUUCAAAAUACUUGUGAACCUUUACAGAACUUGUGUAAACGUUACAAGUUAGUCCGUAUGCACUUUUUAAGUUAAAUGUCAAUCAACUAGCCUAUUACAAGUAAUUGGACAUUUUAUUGUUUGUUUUUUGGAAGAUUUGAAACGGCUACUAUGAUUAAAGUUUUCUUUGAAGUUG